AUGAUAUUGGAAGGCCUGCUACAGCAGCUGCAGCACCGCACUGCGGAGCGCGAUGCAGGCAAGCUGCGUUUGGUGCAGCUCCGAAGGCGAAUGCAGGAGCAGGAGGUCAAGACGCUUGAAGUGCAACGUGACGCGAUCAGCCAGCGGUUGGAGCGAAUUCCCGAUCUGGACACGGAGGAGGAGGCCUUCUUGCCUGGUGAUCCCGAAGUGCCGGCCCAUCUUCGUGGUCAAGCCUCCCAUGGCCAGAGAAGACAUCUUCUGCGGCUGGAAGACUAG